AUUUUUAUAAUAUCCACAGGUUUUGGGACCUGCCCCUAAAUGGUGUUCUUUCUUGGACAACUUGACCGAAGAACUGGAAGAGAACCCAGAGAGCACAGUUUAUGAUGACUACAAAUUUGUAACCAGAAAAGACCUUGAAAAUUUAGGCCUUUCUCAUCUCAUUGGAUCAUCAUUGCUCAGAGCGUAUAUGCACGGCUUUUUCAUGGACAUAAGGCUUUACCAUAAGGCAAAAAUGAUGGCCAACCCCUUUGCUUAUGAAGAAUACAGAAGAGAGAAAAUAAGACAAAAAAUAGAAGAAACACGUGCACAGAGAGUUCAGCUGAAGAAACUUCCCAAGGUCAAUAAAGAGCUCGCCCUCAAACUGAUUGAAGAAGAAGGAGAGGAACAACAGGCUACUAGAAAAAGGAAACAAAAGAAUCUGCCUAGCCUUCUCAAAGAUGAUCGUUUUAAGGUCAUGUUUGAGAAUCCUGAUUUCCAAGUAGAUGAGCAGAGUGAAGAAUUUAGGCUACUUAACCCACUUGUUUCUAAGAUAAGUGAGAAAAGAAAGAAGAAACUAAAGCUCUUACAGGAGCAGGAAGCAAGAGAACAGGAAGAGGAGGAAGAACCAGAAGGAAAACCAAGUGAUGCAGAAAGUUCUGAGAGUUCAGAUGAUGAAAAAGGUUGGGUUGAAGAGGUCAGGAAACAGCGCAAGCUUCUGCGCCAAGAGGAAAAAGUAAAGCGGCAGGAAAGGCUCAAGGAGGAUCAGCAAACAUUACUAAAACCUCAGUUUUUUGAGAUUAAAGAAGGAGAGGAAUUCAGAAGCUUCAAAGACUCUGCCAAAAAACAAAAGUUAAUGAAGAAAACUCUCGGAGAUCGUUUAAAGCUUGAAGAAAAACUUGGCACACUCAAUGUAUCUGAUACGACAGUGGGCAGCAAACAGGCUACGUUCAAAUUAAAGAAGUCCGAGCACCAGAAGAAACAGCAGGAAGCUGAGAAACAACAUCGUCAAGAGAGGAAAGCUCUCAGGCGCUCUGCUAGUCAUCUCAGGAGCAAACAUGGAAGAGGACAACGGUUUCAUUGAUUUAUGUUAUUUUUUAAGAAACUUUUUAUUUUUAAUUUGAAAAAGGGGCUUUGCAAUACCAAUGCAUUUGUAUUUUGUUUCAUUGAUGAACAGAAACCAGAACUUGCUAAACUCUGUCUUAGUUACUGAAAAGUUUAUGAAAGUGUAAGUAUUGUCUGCAGGACGCGGUGCAUAUGGUAUGUUGUAAAUGCCAGAGUGAACUGUAUUUGUGCAGAAAUCACCAACAAGUGUUUAUUGUGUAACACUGUAUGUUUUCUGUAUAAGAAUUUAUGUAUACAAUGAGGCUGACUGUCUUCAAUUUAAGAAAACUGCGGUUUUGCUUUCUGAAGUCUUUCUUUAUGACUUUUUAGAUACACGAUCAGGAGAAAAUUAUUUUGUCUGAAAACUUUGCUCUACAAGAGCACAACAUUUUUUUUCUUUUAUGCUGCUUCUUGUAUGUCAUAACAACUAUGUUUUUCAGAAAUUGGUGUUGUCUACUAUGUUCUGGGUUGCCUGUAUGUCCAAGAGGAGGUAAAAAUGAUUGCCGUGAAAGCAACUGAGAAUGGCAAAUUGAGAUUUUAUUGAGUCAGGAUUCUCUUUUCACACUCGUGUACAAAAGAGAAUUUGAGAAGGAUAAUCAAGUUAAAUUUUGUGAGCAUUGCAUUUAAUCAGAAAUGGUUUGAUAUGUUUUGGUAAGCAAGCCAUUAUUCAAGGUAGGUCAAAUGGUGUGUAUUUACAUACAAAGCAUAUUAAGGCCACACAAGUAACCUCCAUUCCUCCCAAGUUAGUUUAGGUAACUAAGUUAAGAAACUAGGACAUAUGUUAAGGAUAUAUUUAUUUUGUAUGUCUUAUUUUUGAUUACCAACAGAGCGCUUGUUGCUAAGCGGGAAGAGCAUUUCUUCUUGAUACAUUUUUUUUAUUUUUUUUUUUAAUCUAGAAAACCCUUAAUUCAUAUAUGUCAUAGAAUCAUAGAAUUGCUUAGGUUGGAAAAGACCUUAAAGAUCAUCGAGUUCAACCAUGACCAAACCAUAAUACCCUAAUAAGCCUCUGCUAAAACAUGUCCCUGAGCAAACUAGUGUCAUUCACUAGUUCAGUAAAUAAUUUUUUUUUAAACUUUGAUCUUAGGGGAGCUUUGUUAUUGCUUUUUACACAAUUUUUUAAAUUGUCUUUUCACUAUAUCCAAGAAACUGUGAACUUUGGAUCCAGCAAAAAUCAAUGAAUCUACCUAUGACUAUAAAUCACUUUGAGACUUGGAAGUUGUUAAGACUUUUGCUUUAUAAACCAGAAAGAUUAUUAAUCCAUUCAGGUCUUCUGGACAGUAUUUAUCGUACUAUUGGACCAAAAAUGGGGAAAUCUUGCUGGACCUAUGGGGAAAUCUUGCUUUCUUAAAGCCUGAUGCUUUUCUGAAUCAAGAUUGAUUGUCUUUUAGAUGCAGGAUAAUUGAUCACACACUUGGAUUUUUUUUUCUCUCUGUUUUAAUUGUACCUGCUUUAUUUCUUGCUUCUGGUUUUAAUUAUAUUGUUUCCUUUUAUUUAAAAAUGUUAUUUGCACAGUAUAGGUACAGUGAGGCAAACUAGAGAUAGAAAUAUGAGUAAUGGAUGCCAGCCAUUCUGGAGAGUAAUCCUAGAAAAUUGGUGGCCUCACAUAGUAUUUGUAAAUGAGAAUCUUAGAGUUGACCCGAGUCUGAAUAUUCAUGGGAGGCACGUGUAGCUUCAUCAGUUGUGAUGUGCCUCUUCAGAAGGGAGACUACUGCAUUAUAAAUUCUUCUGCUUGUCUUUGCCCAGAAACACCUCCUUGUUGAUGGUUCUUUGUUCAUUAGUUUCUUUGUUGUGCACUUGGUUGCUCAGGACUUACAUGAGUUCAUAGUGGAAUAGGCAGUCAUGUAAUAUGCAGAAGAUGCAAAGCUCUGUGCAGUCUUCAUCUUAGCUACAAUUCAUGCUCACCAAUGGCUGAUGCAGAUUUUGAAAGACCAGUGAGAAUUAAUCAGAAACAGGUCUGUAGUUCUAAAGGAGGUGCAGUCCUGCAAUAAUCAGGAACAAGGUUCAUGAGCUAAUGGUAAUGAAGUUCUGCCAGCAGACCAACUUGACAAGUCUGUAAUGAAAAGGCAAGCCCAAGGGCAAGCUAGCAGGUAAGGAUCAGGGAGGUACUUGGGUGGGCAUGGGCAUACUUGCAACAUAGCUUAGAGGAGGAUCAAGGGUGACCCAGUCAAAGCCUUUGGCAAAGUUUUCCAGAGCUUUUUAACACAACUCUUCUUGUAGCAGUCCGGUACCCAGUUACUUGGCUGUACUCUACUAGAGCUGGCUUUAAGUACAGCAAUGAAACCACUGGCAAAGGAAGAGGUAGCAGAGCCUGCUUGAGAUCUGGCAUGAAGCACGUUCAGAUUCUUGGGACUGAUAAAAAGCAUUGAUAAAAGACUAGAUAGAAGGGGAAGAUUUGAGAGCUUCAACAGAAGCUGACAUAUCAAUGCAGCAUCAUUGCAACUAAUUAACUUCAUAAUGCAGUCAAAGAAGGCAUUUAUUAGGAUAUUUUCGUUACAUCAACUUUUAUUUAGCUAACCACACCACUUUCCGUAUUACAGGAAUCGAUGUUGAUUCAGUAUGGCUGUUCCUAGAAGCUAAGCAGCUGCUAGGAUAUUUUUUUAUAUUUAAGAUUCCUGCUCUGAGGUAAGUGACUGUAUGCUGUAGCCUUCUGGAAACCCUGACUUGUAUGUAUGAAACGUAGAGGUGAUAAUCAGUUUUAAAAAAAAAGAAAAAGCUCACUGUGAGUAACUUUUCUUUUAGAGGUUAAAUGUGAGUGGAACAGUGGAAUACUGAAUCUGAUGUCGCUUAUACUUGAGUACUUCUUUAUUCCACAAGUACUGUUGUUUACAUCAGGCUUUUUAGUCGUUCAACUAACAAUGAACCAGAAUUACUUGUGUAAUUUUCUUUUAAAAUUGCUGUUAACAGACCAAGAAGCAGUUCCUUUGGCUGUAUAAUUGUUUUAAAUGGAGAGCAUCCUCCAGUUUACACACAACAGGAGUACUAUGCUCCUCAACUCUUUUUUAAUGUCAGAACAGAAGUGUGUAAAAUGUAUAUACAUGUUUUCAGAUAGUCUGUUUCUGGAGGUAUAGACCUCCAAGUAGAUAUGAUUUGAAAUUGCUAAUUUCAGGAAUGAGUGGUGAAGGGGUACUGCUGGCCAGCAAAACUCCAUGCUUCACUCUCUCACCAUCUCCUCACUUAGCGGGUGAUGGGUGAUGUGAAGCACUCAGUCUCUGUUGUGUCUCUUGGCCCAGAAGUGACUCAAUUCUCUCAGGGUUACCAUGACAUCACAGAACUUGCCUUCCCAGGCCCAAGAUAGUGCAUAAGGCAGUGGAAUAGUUGCUUCUACCAUUGUGAGUAUGUUGUGCUUAUCCUGACAGGUUUGUGGUAUUGGUCCAACACGGUCAUUUCACUCGGCCUCACCUUAUUGGAAUCCUUUCCACAAGUUACUGUUCCAGAGGGACUUUAAUCACACAGCUCGCUUGAUUGCAGCACAUUCCACACUGCUGGGUGACCUGUGUGGUAGCCUCGAUGGACAGGUCCAUCCCUCAGUCAAGAGCCCAUCUGUGUGUGGCAUCUCUCCACAGAUACCCUGAUAUUUCAUGGACCCAUCAAGCCACAGACAGCUCCUAGUCGAAGGAGUCAAUUUUUGAAACCCAGUCUACCUGCUUAUUUUCUGGUAUUCUUCAAGGUUCGUUUCUUGUGUAUGUGAGCAUCUGCAUGCUGUACUUUAACAACAAUGUUUUCUGCUUGGACAGCAAUGUCUUGUAUGUCUUGUCACAGUGCAACAGCCCAGAUGAGUUCAUUUAUGCACCACUAUGUUCUUCUUCCAUUGCUGUAGCCACUCCCACAGGGUAUUUGGCACAAUCCAUGACCCAUUGUAGCUUACUUUCCGCUUUCUUUUGGCAAUUUUUAGGGCCAGUUGGAUGUCUUUUACCUCUGCAAAUAGGUUCAACUUGCCUUCUCCUUCAGUGCCUUCCUCAUCUCAUCAUGUUGGACUCUGUACAGCAGCUUUCUACUUCUGAUGGGUUCCUGCAACAUGGACAGGAUCCACCAGAGAAUGAAACAUGCGAUUUCUGUCUCUUCUGUUUUUGUAGUGCUCUAGAGCUCAGUGUGUAUUUUCAUUCAAGUAUUCCAUUGUUUUUUUUUUUACGAUUCUGCACUUCAGAGAUGAAAUUCAAAACCAUCACAACCAUGACAGGGACCUGUCCAUGUUCUCCCACAUACCUUGCCACCCAUCACCACAUUGCCUUGGAGCAGAUACCUGGUGAUAUUCUUAACUAAUUGUUUAAUCCUAGAAAGAAACAGAAACACAUGGAGGCCUAGUAAUAAGAGCGUGUUGUUUUCAUCAACAAAAAGAAGUCUCUACACCAAAAUCAACCUAGCAAUGUGGACAAUUUACACAUACUGCACUCCUCAUCCCAUUAUCACAUUACUACCUCGCAUAUUCUUCACAGCUGUUACAUCAUAAAUUCUUCUCUGUUACAUUCUUAGUCAGUGUCCAGUCUGUGUCUUGCCCAUUACUUCUCUGCAUUAUCAUUCUUAUAUUUAAUUCCUUGAGCCCAAAGUGGAUGCCACAAAGAACUGAGGUGGUUUCACACUGAUGGGCAGCCUCUCUCAUUCCAGCUCCUCAAAGGAAAAGGGAAGGGGAGAAAAUACGAUGAAAUACAAAAGGCUCAUAGGUUGAGAUAAGGAUAAUGUAAUUAAGGGGAAAAGAAAGAGAAAUACAAUAACAAUUAAACAAACAAAAGAAGGAAAAAAAAAAAGAAAAGGAAAAGCCAUGUGGAAGUAAAGAGGGAAAAUAGUUAUUCUGUAUGAUCUGUCACCAAAAGAUGUUUGGAAAAAUCUUGUAACACAGGACUUCAUUGCACAUAGCAGUUAUUUGGGAGCACAGAUGUUUUCAUAACAAGAGCUCUCCUCCUUCCCUUUUCCCAUUUUCAAUGCUGAGCCAUGGUAUGGAAUAUUUCUUUGGUUGGUUUAGGCCAGCUGCUCUGGCAAUGUCUUCUCCUCACCUCUUGACUACCCCCGGCCUGCUGGCUUUUGGAGUACUGGAGAGAGUCUUAAUAAUAGGCUAGUGCUGUGCAGCAGCAGCCAAACCAUUGGUGUGAUAUCAACGCUGUUGCUACAGCUCAGAGCACUCGUGUGGGGAAUGUUAACUCCAAGCUAACCAGACCCAGUUCUGAGGGAGUAAGAAUUUUCAAACUAUUCUAUCUUCCUUUGCGUCAACCUUUUUUGUGUCUGUGUUUGCAUUAGGUGGGAAAAUGAGUAAUAGACUUGAGUUCGAGGAAGAAAGACUCAAAGGGCAAACUUCCAAUUUUGUCUACAAGUAGCAGAACAGCUUGCCUGGGGAGUCUGUGUGGUGCCAACUGGAAGAUUUGCAAUGUCAGAUGAAACAUCUGCAGGAACCCCAGAGGUACAGAUGAGUGUGUCUGAGGAGGGGGAAUGGAUGUGUAAACCUGAGAGGACUCCUCAAGUGUGGUGAUUGUAGAGUUGGUUGUAGCAGGGAACAGGCAUGCAGCAGUAAUGACUGGAGUCAUUUUUCCCUUUUGCCCCAUCCUUCAGCUGAAUUGCUCAGUAGUUCUAUCUUUGUAUCUCUUUCAUGAAGAUUAAAUACUUUUUUGGUGUGCAUCCAUAGCUAAUACAUUUUUUCUGAUCUUGGGAAGUAUGGGUUUUAUAAGAUGGAUGAAACUGCAUAAAUAUACUAAUAAACUUCAGCUCUUGAUCAUUAUC